GGGCCGCAUGUACGCAACACUGGCCCCAACUGGAGGGUCCCACUUCGCAACUCCCCCGGAGCCACGGCUAUGUUUACAGCGCUUCUGCGGCCAACUCCUGCUAUGGAUGCAGUGAGGCUGGCAGUGUGGCUAUUGAAGGACCCCUGCGAAGGAAAACACUGCUGAAGGAGGGACGGAAGCCCAAGUUGUCAUCGUGGAGCAGAUUUUGGAUCAGUCUGUCUGGAUCAACACUGACAUUCUAUGGGGCCAAAGCACUGAGGGCCUCUGAGAGGAAACAUUAUAAGUCCAACCCCUGCAAGAAGGUGUGUGUGACGGGAUGGAUGGUGGUUCUGCCAGAUGACCCAGCCAGACCCAACAUCUUCCAGCUCAAUGACCCAGAUAAAG